AUGGCCGAUUACCACCCAUAUGAUCCUCGAGCUCAGCAACGGCCGCCACCUCCACGCGGAUACUCCGAAGCCAACAAUUAUCAGCGAGAUGCCGCCUACUCCAAUAUCUUUGGUGCUGCUCCUCCCCCGGGACGAUCCCAGACGAUGACCUCCUCUUCCACCGUCCCUUCCAUGAUGGACCAAGGGAGGACCCAAACCAUGUCAUCUACAGCUUCUGGCAUGCAACGUCAACCGCCACCGAGACCGCAGCAAGGUUACUAUCCCCAACAAGACCACGUACAACGAAGACCUGUGCCAAAUGAGCCCCAUGCGGGAGGCGGGUACUAUCAGGGAUCAAGGGCCGCUUCUGGACACUCUGUGCCUUCACCACAGGCACAAUACGCCCAGCAACACCAACCGAGACGAGCAUAUCCAGGCCCUUCUGGCCCUCCUCCUCCACGCAUGGAGUCGCGAGGACCACCACCUCAGGCUGCCGGUGCACGAUAUGGUCCUCAGAGUGGAUAUCAAGUCGGCCCCCGGCCUGCGAUGAAUAGCGACCCGUAUCGCUCUCAGUCUCUGGCCUCUGCUCCUCGACCGCAAAUGUAUCAGCCACCUCCGAGUUCCUACCAGCAGUCACCAGCAAACCAGUUUCGCCAGGCUGCCUACUCCAACCACAAUUCAGCUAGAACAACGGCGCAGGGCCGGAUUGUCCCCGAACGACACCACGAAGACCGUUCCAUGUCGAUGACGGGUUCAUAUCACCCAGUGGACCGGGACUCUCAUCAGACAAUGAGUGGCAGAGUCAUUCCCAAUCGGAGGGCACCCAGCGACGUGCCAAUGUCAAAUGGAUACCCCGCGAAUGGAAGCUACCCGACUGCACCAGGAACGCAGACGCGAACCACUAGUAUGGCCUCGUCCACUGGGUUUCCCGAGCACGCCAGAAGCAUGUCUAUGGCCUCCACCACGGCUUCCACAAUCACACCCUCCGAAUCCGAUAGCUCCACGCUCGUCAGCCGACCUUCUAGAAGCAAGUCAGUCGAGAGCGAUCGGCCACCUACUGCCACCAAGAUUCGCCCGCCUCUGGUCUAUCCUGCUCUGUUGUCGAGAGUUGCCGAGUGUUUCCGGCGAAAAAUAAUUACGGGAGACCGUACCAAGAACGAACUGACAUACAAGAAUGCCUUCAGCGGCUCAGAGGCGGUGGACGUGUUGUCAUAUAUUAUCCGUACUACCGACCGUAACUUGGCUCUACUGCUUGGGCGUGCCUUGGAUGCUCAAAAAUUCUUCCACGAUGUAACAUACGAACACAGACUCCGAGACUCGCAGUCGGAGAUGUACCAGUUCAGAGAAAGCCUUAUGGAGGAGCCUGAGGAAAAGCCCCCCGUCAACGGUGUCUUUGUUCUAUUGUCCGAAUGUUACUCUCCCACUUGUACUCGAGACCAACUUUGCUAUUCGAUUGCCUGCCCACGACGGUUAGAGCAGGUGUCCAGGCUGAACUUGAAGAUCAACCCCGGCCUCCGAAAAGACGACGCUACCGCUAUCAACGACGACGAGGUCGACCAAACCGACGAACAGAAGCUCUGGAUCAAUACUGUGCCCAAGGAAGUGGCCGAUGCAGUUGGUGAACGCGAAAAGAAGCGACAAGAAGUUAUAUCGGAAAUUUGCUAUACUGAAAGAGACUUUGUCAAGGAUCUUGAGUACCUCCGCGAUUUCUGGAUUCUUCCCUUGCGAUCCAAAGCCUCGCCCAUCCCUUUACAGCGCCGGGAGAAAGUCGUCAAGACCAUCUUCAGCAACAUCAUUGACCACCCGAGCAUCCACACCGUCAGCUCUCGAUUUGCAUCGUCCCUCACCAGCCGACAGCAAAAGGACCCGAUUGUCCACAAUAUCGGCGACAUCUUCCUUGAUUAUGUACCGCAAUUUGAACCAUUCAUCUACUAUGGUUCCAAGCAGCUGGAGGGCAAGUUUGAUUUCGAGAAUGAGCGAUCAGUCAACCCGUUCUUUUCCAAGUUUGUGGACGAAAUUGAGCGACGGAAAGAGUCACGAAAGCUGGAACUCAACGGCUAUCUUACCAAGCCAACGACCCGUCUUGCUAGAUAUCCAUUGCUACUGGAGAACGUGUUGAAGUACACAGAGGACGGCAAUCCCGACAAGGACGACAUUCCCAAGGUUCUGACCAUCAUCCGCGACCUUUUGGGUCGCGUCAACGCCGAGUCUGGAAAAGCAGAGAAUAGAUUCAACUUGCGGCGACUGCAAGAACAACUUCGGUUCCGGCCCCAGGAAAGAGUUGAUCUCAGGCUUACAGAGGAAGGACGAGAGAUGGUGUUCAAGAGUCAGUUCAAGAAGUCACCUACUGAUCCUGCGGAAAUCACUGCGUUCUUGUUUGACCAUGCGGUUCUUUUGGUGCGUAUCAAGCAGAAUGGCAAGAACGAGGAACUGAAGGCCUACCGGCGACCUAUUCCCCUGGAAUUGUUGUCUAUCCGAGAAAUGGACGAGGUUAUACCCUCGCAAGGCAUGAAACGUUCUUCGUCUAGUCUUAUUCCAUCCAUUCGAGCCAACAAUGCGGAAACACGCAAGGGCGAAGGCUGGCCGAUUACAUUCCGCCACUUGGGCAAGGCAGGCUACGAGCUGACCCUCUACGCUUCCAACCAGGCAGCACGCAAGAAGUGGUUGGAGUUUAUUGACAACGCCCAGCAGCGACUUCGCGCCCGUGCUGACUUUUUCAACACUACAAUCAUAUCGAGCAAUUUCUUUGUGGGCACAAACCAAAUCAACUGUGUCACGCCAUUUGAUGGUGGCCGCAAGCUUCUUUAUGGAACAGACAAUGGUGUCUAUCUGUCUGAUCGCAAGAACAGGGAGCAAAUUCCUAGGAGAGUGCUGGAAACGCCAAACGUCACUCAGAUCGACAUCUUGGAAGAAUAUCAGCUUUUGCUGGUACUGUCCAACAAGACCCUGCAGUCUUACUCUGUUUCAGCCCUCAAUCCAGACGAGCCUGCCAUGAGCAAGAGACCGAAGAAAAUCCAGAACCACUGCAGUUUCUUCAAGACCGGUAUCUGUCUGGGACGACAUCUUGUCUGCUGCGUCAAGAGCUCAGCUUUGUCAACAACGAUUAAGGUGUUUGAGCCUAAUGACGCCAUGACGAAGGGCAAAAAGCAAAAGGGGCUCGGCAAAUUUAUCGCUGGCGGCCAUGAUGAGCUUCGACCGUUCAAAGAGUUCUACAUCCCGACGGAAUCUUCAUCCGUCCACUUCCUCAAGUCGAAACUUUGCGUGGCCUGUGCUCGAGGCUUCGAGGUUGUGUCUCUGGAGACUCUUGAAACGCAGUCUCUGCUUGACCAGGCAGAUACGUCUCUUGACUUUGUUGCACGCAAAGAAGGUGUCCGGCCAAUCCAUAUUGAGCGUCUCAAUGGCGAAUUCCUGCUCAACUACUCUGAAUUCUCAUUCUUUGUUAACCGCAAUGGUUGGCGAGCACGACCGGAGUGGCGGAUUGACUGGGAGGGAGCGCCGCAAAGCUUUGCUCUCAGUUAUCCCUGGAUUCUCGCUUUUGAGCCCAAUUUUAUCGAGUUGCGUAACAUUGAAAAUGGUGCAGUUCAUAUUGUACCCCACAAGAACAUUCGUAUGCUUCAUAGCAGUACUCAUGAGAUCUUAUUUGCAUAUGAGGAUGAACGAGGAGAAGAUGUUGUUGAAGCCAUUGACUUUUGGAAAAAUGUCAGAAAGUCCCAUAUCUUGGGCGGCUCGUCUUCUGCCCCUCAUCUAGGCAGUCCUUGA